GAAGGAUCACUAUGUGCAGGCAUGCAGCACUUCCACUUUCUAUCGGCGCAAUAAUGCGGCGUGGCCGUUCAGACACCGGCGGCGAGUUCUUUCGGCUGCCAUGUACGCUGCUGGUGGAGUUUCUUGAUCUACGCGAGGCUAUCAACUUGCUGAAUACGAGCCGCUGGUUGCGGUACGACCGUGUGCUGACGGCCACGGCGCUGGAGAAGACGCGGUACGCCCAGCAUUUCCACCAAAAAUGUGCCGCCGACUGGUGGCAUCUAACGCCAGCGUGGAAGGCAGACGAGCGCCUGGUGGAGAGCGACUGGGACGAGGAGGAGGACACGGAACCCGCUGACGUCUGGGAGGACUGCCACGUGCGCACGGCCGCGGGUAAGGAGCUCACAUACUGGAAGGACACUGUGCGAGAUACCCCACAGUGGCAGCAUGUGCCUUUGCUCUCCAUCAUCGACUUUAUGGUGACCAAACUGCUACCACAGAGCUACAUUUCCUUCAAAUACGCAGCCACAGUGUAUACUGCUAGACCUGUGAUUGUUCGACUGCAUCCACCCGAGAGUAGCGACAAGAGCACGAAGAAAGACGGACACGAUGCCGCUGAGCAGGACAUCGCACGUCGAAUCAGUGGGGCUUUGGGCACACAGAAUGGCAAGUUGACAUCUCUUUUUGGACUCCACUGGGAGAAUAUGCAUGUGGACCCAGGCACGGGCAAAGUGACCUGUGCGGUGUGUCAACUGUACGCAGAUGAGGUGGAGAAGUACCAGACCAAAGUGGCCGAGAUGGUGAGCGAAUGGAGAGAAGCAGUCAAGGCUGAACUCCCGGGAUGGAAAGAGAAGGGAAUGCAUCAGAUGGAGAUCGACCGACGCACGUACGAGAUGCGGGAGGACAUGAUCCCAUACAGUGGCUACUUCACAUCCAACGUCGCUCGUCGCCAUGGGGACAUCAUCAUUCGCCACAUUUGCUCCUACUGGACAACGCUGGACCAUCUCAAGAUCAAUACGCUGGGGUAUCGAGACGCCUCGCAACUGGUUACUGCGUUAACCUCCGACAUCAGGAAACAAUGCCAGCACUUUUCAAAGAUCAAACAGGCCAUGACCAAAGCAUUCCCUCGUGUAGCGAGGAUCCGCUACGAAGUCGACGAACCAGAACCUUCUCCAUCCACGAAUUUGUGGCAGGAUGAAGUCGUCACCGAACUGGUAGCUGGAGUUUCGCCCUCAGGAUUCCUAUGCGGCAUGUUGUUCAUCGAGAAAAGCGUUUGAGUGUACUACAGAACGGAGCUCCAUACAUGUAUGAAUACUGACUCGAGAGCGGGAAAUCUGUCUUCUUCGCGUAGACUUCAGUGGCGCUGUCGGCCUCUUCCAUCGCAUCCACCAGAGCCGCCUCAUCGUCCAUCUUUCUGGCUAUAAACAACGUCUUGCGGAACCAGAAGGCCAAGUAAACGAGCGCGAGCAUCGUGGGGAUUUCGAUAAGAGCACCCACGACACUCAUGAGUGCUGGGUCCGACUUGAGUCCGAACGACGCGAUGGCCACUGCGAGCGCCAACUCAAAGUUGUUGCUGGCAGCCGUGAAGGAUAGAGAGACUGUCUGUUCGUAUGUCGCUCCGAGCCACCAACUCAUCAGGAAGGACAUCACGAACAUGAAGAUGAAAUAGAUGAGCAAUGGCACGGCAGCGUAGAUGACCUUGUCCAGGUUAGACGAGAUACGUGUGCUCUGGGAAGCGAAGAGCACGAUGAUAGUGAAGAGCAGAGCCAAGAGCGUCAACACGCCGAUACGCGGUGUAAACUUAUCGAAGUACCAGGUGGCACCUUUGGUUUUGGUUAGUGUAUACCAUGUGAGCAGAGCGGCCACGAACGGAGCACCCAUGUAGAUAGCGACAUUCUUGGCUACUUCACCAAUAGCAACAUGGAUCUCAGUACUCGAGUCGAUGCCCAGAUGAAUCGGGAGAUCGUUAAUGAAGAGGCCGGCGUAAGGAGAGUAGAGUCCAAUAGUGAGAACGGAAUUCAUGGCCACAAUAGCAGCGCAAUACUCGGCGUCUCCGCCUGCGAGACUGUUCCAGACCACGACCAUGGCGAUGCAGCGAGCGCAACCAACGAGGCUGAGGCCAGUCAUGUAGCCAACGUCAUCGUGGAAGAAGGCGGAGGAGAGGAAGAACAUGACAAAGGGUCCGAGUACCCAGUUCUGCACUGUCGUGAGCAGCAGCAAGCGCCAGUCGGCGAAGAUGCGGUGCACGAGGUUCCAGCGCACCUUGGUGAGCGGCGGGUACAUCAUGACGAGGAGUCCAAUGGCCACUACGACAUUGGUGCCGUCCACGGUGGUGUCGUCGAUGAAGUUCUGGAUGGCGUCGAUUUGGCCCAGACCGAGACCAAUGCUGGUUGCCAGCAAGAUCCAGAGUGUGAGGAAGCGGUCCAGGAAGGAGAGUCUUCCUACGACACCCGUGUGAGGCGCAGCGAUGUUAGCUUGGGAUGCAGGCGUUGCAGGUUGGUCCAGCGGCUGCUGCAACGAAGGCGAGUACGACAUGGCUUGGAAGCGAGCUGUUGCUUGUGGGUUGUUUCUGGGAAGACGUGUGUUGUGCGCACUUAAUUGGCGAGUGAGCUAGACACUCUGUGGCCCUCAUGCUGCAAGUCCUGCAUGGUCAGCAUGUGGUGCCGUAUGACCAGCGAAACGACGCAGAGAAUUACUACCUGUGACAAUGCAUAUUAUAUAGCAUUUUAUAAAUGGUUUGAUUUGAUUUUCC